AGUGCUGCGGGGGCGGACAACGGGACCCGGGGGAGCCCCAGUCCCGCUUCGCGCUUCUGGGGCCCCCGGGCCGCAGAGCGGCGCUGUGGGGCCGCCUCCUCCGCGCGCCGCACGCCUCCCAUCGGCCUUUGCGCUCUCGCCGCUGCCGCCGCAGCCAUGGGACGUGUCCGGACGAAGACGGUGAAGAAGGCGGCGCGCGUGAUCAUCGAGAAGUACUACACGCGACUGGGCAACGACUUCCACACCAAUAAGCGCGUCUGCGAGGAGAUCGCCAUCAUCCCCAGCAAGAAACUUCGCAACAAGAUCGCGGGGUACGUCACCCACCUGAUGAAGCGCAUUCAGAGGGGACCUGUCCGAGGCAUCUCCAUCAAACUGCAGGAGGAGGAGCGGGAGAGGAGGGACAACUACGUUCCCGAGGUCUCCGCCCUUGACCAGGAAAUCAUUGAAGUGGACCCCGAUACCAAGGAAAUGCUGAAGCUCCUGGACUUUGGCAGCCUGUCCAACCUGCAGGUGACGCAGCCAACAGUGGGGAUGAACUUCAAAACGCCACGAGGAGCGCUCUGAGCCGGCCACUGCUUGUUGCUUUUCCAAUAAAUGUGGGAAACUGUC